AUAUUUGCAUGACGAAGUUGCUGCAGUUGGUGAAAGAAGGUUUUGAAACGAUAAGUCAAGAUGACUGGAGUGCAUACUGCCUCCAUGUGGAGAAACUUGAAAGAGAAUAUUGGGUUAAGGAUGGGGUUAUGGAAGACAUAAUAGACGCUAUAGUUAUUAAUUUAGAAAGUGAUGACGACGAGGACGACGACGACGACGACAGUAAUGAUAGUGACAAUGUUGAUGAUGACCUCUAAAAUACGAUGUAUGUAAACAGGCAAUGAAUAUUUUUUUGAAAAAUAUGUUGUGUGUUCUUUCAAGCCUGACUCUGCUCAUACACUAUGAAAUUUCUUUUGGUAGAAAUGUAGUACAUGGUAGUAAAA